AUGCUUGGUUUACCAUUAGAUGAUAAAGUAUCUUCUAAAAGAGUUCCUACCAUUGUAGGUUCUAUUGUUAUACUUUUAACAAUCCUCUUUGGAACCAACUUAUUCAAUUACCUUAGAAUUGAAUUGGUUCCAAUUUCAAAUACCGACUCAUUAUGUCCUUUACAUGAACCAGUUGUUCCUGAAUCAUUCAUUACUGAUAAUUCCACAGUUUUAACCAUUCUUCAUGAUGAAGACUAUAAGUUGAACUCCAUUAAAAAGUUAGCCGGUGCUAUUCAAGUUGAUACUCAAAUCUUUGAUAAUCAACCUGAUGUACCUGAUUCUCCUGAAACUUGGGUUAAAUUCAUUAAAUUCCAUGAAUAUUUAGAAAAGACUUUCCCCACCAUUUAUGAAAACUUAGAAUUGACUAAGGUAAACACUUAUGGUUUAGUGUACUUCUGGAAAGGAUCUAAUGAAAGUUUAAAACCUUUAAUGUUAACUGCUCAUCAAGAUGUGGUCCCUGUUCAAAAAGAUACUCUUGAUAAAUGGACUUAUCCACCAUUUGAAGGUCAUUAUGAUGGUAAAUUCAUUUAUGGUAGAGGUGCUUCAGAUUGUAAGAAUGUUUUAAUUUCAAUUUUAGAAACUGUUGAACUUUUAUUAAAUCAAAACUAUCAACCUCAAAGAUCUCUUCUUAUUGCCUUUGGUUUUGAUGAAGAAGCUUCUGGUGUUGUUAGUGCUUCUGCUAUUGGUAGAUACUUAGAAAAGACUUAUGGUAAAGAUUCAAUCUAUGCUAUUAUUGAUGAAGGUCCAGGUUUAGCAGCUGAUGAUUUAACUGGUACUAUCAUUGCUACUCCAGGUACUGGUGAAAAAGGUUAUGUUGAUAUUGAAGUUCAAUUAACUACUCCAGGUGGUCAUUCAUCAAUUCCACCUGAUCAUACUUCUAUUGGUAUUUUAUCUGAAUUAAGUUAUGUCAUUGAAAAGGAUCCAUAUUCUCCAAUCUUAACUUCCAAGAAUCCAACUUUAAGUUAUAUGCAAUGUUUAGCUUUGCAUGAUUCAAAAUCUAAAAUUUCAACUUUUACAAAGAAAUCAAUUUUAAGAGCUGGUUAUGAUAAAUUUGCUAAUUCUCAAGUAAUCAAAUUAAUUCAAAAGAAUAGAUUCUCCAAGUAUUUAGUGCAAACUUCUCAAGCUAUUGAUAUCAUUAGUGGUGGUGAAAAAGCUAAUGCUUUACCUGAACAUGUUAGAUUAUUAGUUAACCAUAGAGUUGCUAUUGAAUCUACUGUGGGAGCUGUUAAAGACCAUUUUGUUGAUAGAGUGAUUGAGGUUGCUAAGAGACAUAAUUUAUCAGUUAAAGCCUUUGGAGAAUUAGUACUUGAUACUAAAGAUAAUUCGGGUGUAUUUGAAGUUAAUGUUUUCUCAAGACCAUUAGAAACUGCUCCAACCACUCCAUUAAAUGAUAAUGUUUGGAAACAUUUAGCUGGUGUUACCAGACAUGUAUUUGAAGAUUUAAUUUAUCCUGAAAUCGAUUAUCCAAUCGUCACAUCACCAUCCAUCAUGACUGGUAAUACUGAUACCAGACAUUAUUGGAAUUUAACUAGAAAUAUCUUUAGAUAUUCUCCAUUCUACGUUCAAAGCAUUGUCGGAAGUACUAAUGUUCAUAGUGUAGAUGAAAAAUUAGCCUUUGAAGGUCACUUACAAUUAACUGCCUUCUUCUAUCAAUACAUCCAAGCAGUUGAUACACCAACUGCUGAUAAUUAG